UGCUUAUAUAACGCCCCGAAAAUGCCAAAUCUUGGUAGUCACUGUCAGCAGUCAUGAAGAAAGCAAUUUUCGUAGCAGUGGGUGUCCUCGUGGCUCUCCAGCAAGUGUUUAGUGCCACCGACGAUGAGGUCCAACAAGCCUACACCGAACUGGAAGACCUCACAUACGAGGCCUUCGAGAAAUGGGACGCCAUUCGGACCAACUACACAGAACGUUUCUUAGAAAACUUAGCUUUGGACCGUCUGGAUGCUAAGUUAACUAUGGACAGCAGACUUGGUGAAACUCUUGACAAAGUUAACGCGUUGAUUGAAAGAACCAAUGUUUUCGACAGUGUCGAUACCACUGAAUGUAUCUGGGGCCUUAACGAGAGUCUGACAGCACUUCGAGCUAGUUCGCUUGAAUCUUUAGAUAUUUGUUUGUACGAUAACAGGUAUACAACUGGUUUCAACAUAGUUGCUGCUAAGUGGACUACUAUCGUUCAUUUGGGUAUGGAUUUUCUCGUUUGUACUCAAAGGGCUGCUGCUGAUUGUCAAGGAGAUGAAGCUUGUGGUGAUAAGAUUAUCACAGAAAUAGAACAGAAGAAGACUGACUCGCCAAUGACUAUAAAUAUGCUUGGCGAAAAUAUGAUUGCAACUUUAGAUAGUUUGCCGAUUAGAUGUAAGGAUCAGAUUUUGACGCAAUAUAAUGAUAAUCUUGCUGAUACAGUGGAAACAGUUGGGAGCUGUAUUGACCGAUUGAUCAGCAGUUUUGCUCCAUUGCUAUGUAGUGCAGAUAAAAAAUAAAGUGUUUUCUGCUUCA